AUGGACAGAAAAGAUAUUCAAACAAUUGUGGGGCUGAUGAUGCUGGUGGUGGCAUUGCUCAAUGUUCGUCCGACGAUGGCUCACUUGCCCCCCGGUGCCUGCAUCGACCGUUGCCUGAAAGAGUGCAAAUUAAGCGGCAUCGGUAUUGCAGCCUGCAUCAAAUACUGCCCGGUGCAUUGUCUCCCUCCCGACACCACUGCCAAAGAUCAUUACUGUAACCUCGGAUGUAUGCUCGAUCAAUGCGCCAAGUUCACUAGUGACGAGAGGAGGAUGACCGACUGCGUGUUCAAAUGCCGUAAAUUCCACUGCAAGAUCAGGGCCAAGACUGUAAAGUGAUUGUCCUGUGAUGAAAUAGUCUGCGCCCACAUAGACAUUAUUUAGUUUACCUUAGUAGUCUUCUGUGAGGUUUUUUUCUUUCAAAUAAAUGGCUGUAAUCAACCUUCUUCUUGCUCCAUUUUCAA